AUGCUCUACCUUAUCCCCCUCGUUGCUGCCCUCGCCUUUGCGGCGCCUGUCGACCAGCCCGGCGCGGCUGUCCAGGCCAAGGUCGGCGAUGCCCGCGUCGCUACCGCCUGGGACCCCACCUUUGGUCUCGAGAAGGCUGCCGACAGCGCUGUCGCCGCUGCUGGCCAGGCUCUCGAGCUUGCCCCCAAGUUUGGCCUCGACAAGACGCACCAGGCUCGUGACCUCGAGGCGCUUGCUCAGCUCGCCGCCGAGGCCGCCGACAAGUUCUGGGGCUCGGUCCCCAAGGUCAUCUCCGAGAUCGAGGACAAGGUCAAGGAGAUCAAGGCCGCGUUCAAGGCCAAGAUUGACGCUCUCGACAGCGCGAUCGGCAAGAAGUGGGCGGACAAGAUCAAGGCCAUCGAGGACAAGCUCAAGGCGCUCAAGGACGCCAAGGACAAGAUUGACGCCGCGGCCGUCGAGGCUAUCCAGGCCGAGAUCAAGGGCCUCGAGGACCUGAUCAAGGCCGACAAGGACUUCUUCGACGCCACCAUUGGCCAGGCGAUCAAGGACAAGAUCAACGCCAUCGAGGCGGGCAUCGGCGCCAUCGCCGGCCUGUUCCACCUCCCCAAGCGCAGCUUUGACGACGACCUCGCCGCCGCCGCCCCCAAGCUCGGCGAGAUCUUCCAGAAACUCGAGCAGGCGUUCGCCAACGGCGACGCCAACGCUGAGAAGGCUAUUCAGGAGAUUGACAACGCGUUCAAGAACCCCGGAGAGAUCGCGCCCAAGCUCGCCCAGGUCGUCGACAGCAUCGGCAAGCAGGUCGACUCGGCCCUCCAGGGCCGCCCCAUCUACGUCCCCUCUGACUGGAACAAGGGCGGCAAGCUCCGCCAGCGUGACGAGGACGAGGAGGAGACCGAGGAGGACGAGGGCGACGAGGGAGAGGACGAUGGUGAGGACGACGACGAGGAGGACGACGGUGACGACGAGUAA